GGCGUUGCCCGGCGGGCGGUGGAGCGAGAGCGGCCGGUGCGUCCGUUGUCGGGGAGCGCCAUGGAGGGCCAGCGGCUGCCCGGCGCUGUGAACCCCAGCCACUUCCCGGCCAAGCUCUGGCAGCUGGUGAACAGCCCGCGCUGCGGCUCCGUGCGCUGGGAUGCCCGUGGCGAGGGGCUGCUCAUCGACCAGCGGCUCUUCGAGCGAGAGCUGCUGGGCGCGGAGGCGGCCGGCGACGGGGCGGCGCUGGCCGCCGAGUUCUUUAAGACCAGAAAUUUCGGCAGCUUCAUCCGGCAGCUGAACCUGUACGGGUUCCGCAAGCUGGGGCCGGGACCCGGGCUCGGGCACCUGCAGGACCCGGCGGGGGGCGAUUGCGGCAGCGCCCCCGGGGCCCUGCUCCACUUCCACAGCCCCCAUUUCCGCCGCGACCGCCCCGACCUCCUCGUGUGUCUCAAGCGGCGGACGAGCGCCAACAAGGCGAAGCUGGCGGCCGGGCUGGAGCUGCCCAGCCACCCGGCCCAGCUCUCCCAGUGCCUGCCCUCGACGCUCGGCGAGGCUGCCAGACCCGGACUGUUGACUUCAGGAGAGGCUCCACAACCUUGUCGUCCAGACAGCUGCUUUCCUUCCUGCACCAGAGCGGCCUCAUGCCAGAACCACCCUGCUUUCCAGAUAAGGACUUCCCAGCAGCCUCCGGCCCCUUGCAGACCAUGGCAGGGUUCUGUUGGGUCGCUGCCAGGGCACUGGGCUUCCCCAGCUUUCCCAGGCCAGGGGGCUCCCUUUCCAGUCGUCCGCAAGUGCUGCACGGAGGUCACAUACACUCUGCAGACGGUGUGCUCCCUUCUGCCGCUUCAGCGAUGGGCUCCAGCUGGUGCUGCCCUUCCAGAACCCGGCAGCUGCGCGUCUCCAGGGCAGUGCUUGCAAGGCCUGGAUCCAACACUCACCCUGCAGUGUUCACCCCCUGCCCAGGGAGCACCUCUGAUUGUCAGCGCCAGUGCUGCGGCUGCGGCGUCCACCGACUGCGUCUUUGUGCAGAGUCCUGAAUUGCAGCCACCUUCUGCAGCUGAAUGCCUGCCCUCUUGUGGGGUACAUCAUGCAUCCGAACAUGAGGAGGUGCUGCCGGAAUUAAGUUAUGAAGAUGUGUUUCAGUUUUUCAAUGAUAUUUAUGCAUCAGACAGCGCUGAUGUAGUGACACGGGAGGCUGCAGAAAGCUGGGAUGGAGAGCUGCUUGAAAGCUACAUCAAUGCGGACAGAGAAAGCACUGCUGCUGCUGAAACAGCACAAGACUAUGUGACCACCCAGGGAGCCCCUGAAGAACAUGGAGAGCAGCUGGAUCACAACCCAGCUCAAAGAUCUGAAAUGUUUGUUCUGGAAGGACUGUUCAGUGCAGAACAAGAGAAUGGGAGUGUUAAAUGCGGAUGGGUGACAGAAGAAAGAGAACUGACUUCAGGAGCCGAGGCAGAAAUGAAAGCUGCAGAAGAGGCAGGGUCCCCUGGAAAGCAUCUGUGCAGGAAGAGAAGACGCAGCGCAGAGCAGGAUCACCAGGAGCUGGAAGGCGGAGCCUGGAAGAGGGGCUGCUUGGAGGGAGACACCAGAGUGAGGAGCGUUUAUGAAUAG